AUGGACCGCCUCGAUUUGGUGCACACAUUGAUGGUCAAAACCAUCGGCAACAAACUAUUCCUCGCGCCUGUCGACGGAGCAAAGCUGCAUCGCGUUUUGGACGUUGGCACUGGAACUGGCAUCUGGUCCAUUGAGAUGGGAGACUUUUUCCCUAAUGCCGAAAUCAUUGGCAACGAUCUGAGCGCUAUCCAGCCGAAGUGGGUUCCGCCAAACGUCAAGUUCGAAAUUGACGACGUCGAGAGCGAGUGGGUUGGGCAAAACAAAUACGACUUCAUCUUCAGUCGAUACCUGUCAGGGUCUCUGGCCGACUGGCCAACCUACGUCAAGAGAGUGUCUCAGAACUUAAAUCCCGGUGGAUGGGCCGAGUUCCAGGAUUGGAGCUUCAUGCUCCACAGCGAUGACGGGACGCUCGAGGGAACCGCUAUCCAGCGCUGGGCCGAUACCUUCAUGGACGCAUGCAAGGUAUUCGGACGCGAUGCCCAAAUCGGCCCCAAGCUCGAAGCCCUGGUUCGAGAAAACACCAACCUCAUCAACAUUCGUCACGAGCCCUUCAAGAUCCCCAACGGUCCCUGGCCCAAGGACGCACAUCUCAGGGACCUUGGGAUGUGUAACUUGAUUCAACUACUCGAGGGGCUCGAGGGGUUCUCACUCAAGUUGCUCUGUGGAGGUCUUGCUUGGACAAAGGAAGAAGUCCUGGUCCUGUGCUCCCAAGUCCGUACGGAGCUGAAGUCAGGCAAGGUACACGCGUGGUAUCACUACGACGUUGUGUACGGCCAGAAGCCUAAAAAGGAGGAGGCGCAGGAUGUUUGA